CUAAGACAGGUGUGUCUGGCCGCCCUGGUGGAUACAUAAACCUGAGGUCUGGGAAGCUGAGCUUGCUUGUUUCCUCCACGAUCAAGGGUCUCUGCUAAAAACUGCCACCAUGGGGAAGGACGACGAACCUAAGACCUACCGCUACAAUGAGACUCCUGUCUAUACUACCUCCAAUGGGUGUCCGGUCAUGGACCCUCAGGCCUCGCAACGUGUUGGCCCUAACGGACCGCUGCUGCUGCAAGACUUUCACCUGAUCGACCUGCUCGCACAUUUCGACCGAGAGAGGAUCCCCGAGCGGGUGGUCCAUGCCAAGGGUGCUGGCGCCUACGGCGAGUUCGAGGUGACGGAUGAUAUCAGUGACAUUACCAUCGUUGACAUGCUCAAAGAAGUCGGGAAGAAGACCAAACUCUUCACUCGCUUCUCCACAGUCGGCGGCGAGAAGGGCUCUGCGGACAGCGCGCGCGACCCGCGCGGAUUUGCCAUCAAGUUCUAUACGAACGAGGGCAACUGGGACUGGGUGUUCAACAACACGCCCGUCUUCUUCUUACGCGACCCGUCCAAAUUCCCCAUGUUUAUCCACACGCAGAAGCGGAAUCCGCAGACCAACCUGAAGGACGCCACCAUGUUCUGGGACUACUUGUCAACCCACCACGAGUCGGUGCAUCAGGUGAUGCACCUGUUCAGUGACCGCGGCACCCCGUACUCCUACCGUCACAUGAACGGUUACUCCGGGCACACAUAUAAGUGGAUCAAGCCCGACGGCAGCUUCAACUACGUGCAGAUCCACCUCAAGUCCGACCAGGGCAACAAAACCUUCACCAACGAGGAGGCGACGCGGCUGGCAGCUGAGAACCCGGAUUGGCACACGCAGGACCUCUUCGACGCGAUCGAGCGCGGCGAGAACCCCUCGUGGACUUGCUACGUGCAGACACUGAGCCCUGAGCAGGCCGAGAAGUUCCGCUGGAACGUAUUUGAUCUGACCAAAGUCUGGCCGCAGGCGGAGGUGCCGCUUCGCCGCUUCGGCAAGCUUACCCUCAACAAGAACCCACAAAACUACUUCGCCGAGGUCGAGCAGGCCGCCUUCUCCCCCUCGCAUAUGGUCCCCGGCGUCGAGCCCUCCGCCGACCCCGUCCUGCAAAGCCGCCUCUUCUCCUACCCUGACACCCACCGCCACCGUCUCGGCGGCAACUACCAGCAGAUCCCCGUCAACUGCCCCCUGCACGCCUUCAACCCGUUUCAGCGCGACGGCUACAUGAAUGUCCAUGGCAACUACGGCGCUAACCCGAACUACCCGUCUACCUUCCGCUCUCUAACCUACAAGCCCGGCCAGGUCUCUCAACAGCAUGAGAAGUGGGCCGGCGCCAUCGUUGCCGAGCAACUCCCCGUCACCGCCGACGACUAUGUCCAAGCCAACGGCCUCUGGCUCGUCCUCGGCCGCCAGCCAGGCCAGCAGGACAACUUCGUCUCCAAUGUCUCCGGUCACCUGGCCGGCGCCCACGAGCGCGUCCGCAGACAGACUUACGAGAUGUUCCGCCGCGUCAACCCAGACCUCGGCGCACGUAUCCAAAGGGCCACCGAGGAGAAUGUCAAUGGUCCUCAGCCGCGUCUGUAGAUCUGCCGUUGUUCAUAUAUACGUAAACUGGCUCCAAAAUGUACAAGUGUAUGCAUAAUGCGGGUCUAUACCUCAACAUCGAUAUUACAGUCUGCAACAACUCUGUAGACCUUCAAACUACUUAGCUUGUACAGUCAAUAGUUCAAUAGUUCAAAAUGACAUUCGCUAGUCUGUAUCUAUCUGUGAAAUGUGUCU